GUGAGGAUGCCGGCAGCUAUCAGUGCAUAGCAAAAAACGAUGCUGGCUCGAUAUUUAGUGAAAAAAUUGACAUCGAAGUUGCCUAUAUGGGCAUCUUCGAGAACACUACACUUGGCCAUCUCACGGUGACGUCAGGUCAUCCGGCAAUUUUUGAUUUACCACCCAUCGAAUCGCAACCGCCACCUUCGGUGAUGUGGCAAACGGUUGAAGGUCCGCUGAACUAUGACAUCAAAUAUGCCGUAACAAAAUCGAAUCAAUUGAUAAUACUCAGCGCAGACGAGGAUGAUCGCAAAGCAUAUCGUGCUCGUGCCAUAAACACCCAGUUGGGCAAGGAGGAGAAUAGCGCUUUCAUACAAUUGAACGUGAGUGGAGAUCCGUAUGUUGAGGUAGCACCUGAAAUUGUUGUACAUCCGCAAGACAUGAAAGUGAAGCGUGGCGAACAGGUGGCCGUAUUGGAAUGUAUCGCGAAUGCGCGACCCCUGCAUGAAUUGGAGACUCUGUGGCUAAAGGAUGGUAUACCCAUUGAGAAUGCUGGUGUGCCGCACACACUCAAUGAUCCUUGGAAUCGUUCGCUAUCCCUGCUUGCUGCUAAUUUAACACAUUCGGGCGAGUAUACGUGUCAGGUGCGGCUACGUAGCGGUGGCUAUGACACAGUAACAGUUAGCGCUAAAGUGGAGGUGUUGGAAGCUCCCACCUUUUUCACACAAAUGCGCACAGAAACGUUUGGUGAAUUUGGUGCACUGGUGACGUUGCCAUGUGACGUGGUAGGCGAUCCAAUGCCGGUGAUGAAGUGGUACAAAAAUGCCGAACUCGUCGAUACAAAUGAUGGAAAAUACACACUUCAGGAGGAUAAUUCACUGAUCAUCAAGAAACUUACCCUAGAAGAUGCAGCCAUGUUUCAAUGCCUCGCCAGCAAUGAGGCAGGUGAAAAGAGCGCCUACACUUGGUUGCGUGUCAAAUCUGCAAUGGAUAAUCAUGAUAAAGGCUUACUACCACCACCACUCAAAGAAACCACAACUACUACAACUUCCACUACUAAUUCAAGGCAUAGUGUACGGCGCAUGUCUACAGCUAAUAAUAAUCGACCGAAUGCAAUUCCGGUGCAUUUUGUUGAAAAGUGUAAAUCAUCGUCAUCGCAAGGGUACGUGCGCAGUUUGUUGCAACGCUUCAAGCGUCUAGCACAACCGCGUAUUAUCCAGCGUGUAAGAGCAUCAUCAUCGCAUUCUGGCAUGAGUACUGGCUAUCGCCGCAAGGAUUUUCGCUUUGCUUCUGCGCCUGUGAUGGAGAAACCGCCACAAAACGUAACCGCAUUGGAUGGCAAGGACGCGACUAUUUGGUGCCGAGCAGUUGGUGCACCAAAUCCCAACAUCACAUGGAUUUACAACGAAACACAACUUGUUGAAAUAUCCAGUCGUAUACAAAUUCUCGAAUCGGGUGAUUUAUUAAUGUCGAAUGUACGUGAAACGGACGCUGGCCUUUACACGUGCGUGCGUUCGAAUGAGGCGGGCACCGUCAAUGGCGAGGCAUAUCUAAGCGUUUUGGUUCGCACACAAAUCAUCCAGCCACCGGUUGACACCACUGUUCUGCUGGGUCUCAAUGCGACACUGCAAUGCAAAGUUUCCAGCGAUCCGACCGUGCCGUAUAACGUCGACUGGUAUCGCGAAGGUCAUCCGACAGCAAUCAGUAACUCUCAACGCAUCGGCGUACAAUCGGACGGCACACUCGAAAUACAAGCAGUGCGCGCAUCCGAUGUGGGCACAUACCAAUGUGUGGUGACAUCGCCAGGCGGCAAUGAGACGCGUUCGGCGCGUUUAAGUGUCAUCGAAUUGCCAUUCCCGCCGAGCAAUGUGAAAGUGGCGCGCCUUGAUGCGCCCAACCAACGAACUAUCAACGUUUCAUGGACGCCGGGAUUCGAUGGCAAUAGUCCAAUAUUAAAGUUUAUCAUACAGCGGCGUGAAGUCUCCGAACUAGAAAAAUUCGUAGGUCCAGUUCCUGAACCUUUACUCAAUUGGGUGACGGAACUGAGCAACGUCUCGGCGGAACACCGUUGGACCCUGUUGAAGAACCUCAAAGCGGCUACAGUAUACCAGUUUCGAGUGAGUGCUGUGAAUCGUGUUGGUGAGGGAUCACCAUCAGAACCGAGCAAUAUUGUAGAACUACCACAAGAAGCGCCAUCGGGUACGCCAGUCGGUUUCGUCGGUUCGGCGCGUUCGAUGUCGGAAAUUAUUACCCAGUGGCAGCCACCACUCGAGGAGCACCGUAAUGGACAGAUACUUGGUUACAUACUACGUUAUCGGCUUUUUGGCUACAACAAUGUACCCUGGACAUAUCAGAAUAUAACCAAUGAAGCGCAACGGACCUUCCUAAUACAAGAGCUCAUUACAUGGAAGGACUACAUCGUACAAAUUGCCGCGUACAAUAAUAUGGGUGUUGGUAUUUAUACAGACGGCGCCAAGAUUAAGACUAAGGAGGGUGUGCCCGAAGCGCCACCUACAUUUGUUAAAGUUAGCGCAAUAAAUUCGACAUCGGUACUUGUCACUUGGACGCCACCCAAUCCGCAGCAAAUAAAUGGCAUAAACCAAGGCUAUAAAAUUCAAGCCUGGCGCAUUGAAAUGAUUGAUGGGGAGGCACGCGAUAUCGAAGAACGCAUGAUUACAGUACCGCCAAGUUUACUCGAUCCACUGGCAGAACAGAAAGCAAUAAUGACUGGAUUGGAUAAGUUUACGGACUACAACAUUACCGUACUGUGCUUUACCGAUCCCGGCGAUGGUGUGCCUAGCUUUAAAGUGCACGUGAAGACGCUGGAAGAUGUACCUGAUGAGAUAAUGGCAUUGCACUUUGACGAUGUAUCAGAUCGUUCGGUGAAGGUGCUGUGGUCACCACCAAAGAACUCAAACGGCAUUCUCACUGGCUACAGCGUGCGCUACCAAGUAAAGGAUCGUCCCGAUACAUUAAAGUCUGUCAAUCUCACGGCCGAAGACACCGAACUGACAGUCACACAAUUGCAGGCCACAACACACUAUUGGUUUGAAAUACGCGCCUGGACUAAAGUUGGUGCCGGACCAGCUAAAACGGCCACUAUUCAAUCGGGUGUGGAACCAGUGUUGCCACACCCACCAACGAAUUUAGCACUUUCAAACAUUGAAGCCUUCUCUGUCGUACUCCAAUUCACACCCGGUUUCGAUGGCAACUCAUCAAUCACAAAAUGGAAAGUAGAGGCACAGACUGCGCGCAAUAUGACUUGGUUUACAGUAUGCGAAAUAUCCGAUCCUGACGCGGAAACACUCACUGUCACGGGGCUCAUGCCCUUCACGCAGUAUCGUUUGCGGCUGAGCGCUACAAAUGUGGUGGGUACUUCGCACCCUUCAGAGUCUACUAAGGACUUUCAGACGAUACAAGCUCGCCCAAUGCAUCCACCCUUCAAUGUAACAGUGCGUGCGAUGAGUGCCACACAACUUCGCGUGCGUUGGAUUCCUUUACAGCAAACAGAAUGGUUUGGAAAUCCACGUGGCUACAAUAUCACAUAUCGUCAAGUGGAGAGUGAUACCCGUGUGCAAGCUAAGAGCGUCAUGAUCGAUGAUCACACUGCCAAUUCACAUGUUUUGGAGGGACUAGAAGAGUGGACGGUAUACGACGUGGUUAUGAGUGCUUGCAACGAUGUGGGAUGUUCAAAGCACAGCGCUAUAGCUACUGAGCGUACGCGCGAGGCUGUACCAUCGUAUGGUCCACUUGAUGUACAGGCUAAUGCCACUUCUUCUACAACCAUCGUAGUGCGUUGGGGAGAGGUGCCGAAACAACAUCGCAAUGGUCAGAUCGAUGGUUUUAAAGUCUUCUAUGCAGCCACAAAUCGAGGCGGUCAAGUGUUGCACAAAACUAUCUCCAAUAAUGCCUCCUUCACCACCACACUUACCGAAUUGAAAAAGUUCGUCGUCUACCACAUACAAGUACUCGCUUUCACACGUCUCGGUGAUGGUGCCUUGAGCACACCACCAGUACGAGUGCAAACCUUUGAAGAUACACCCGGCGCACCAUCAAAUGUCAGCUUCCCUGAUGUUUCUUUCUCGACGGCGCGCAUCAUCUGGGACGUGCCCGACGAUCCUAAUGGCGAAAUUCUUGCAUAUCAGGUUACAUAUUCGCUAAAUGGUAGCGCUAACUUAAACUACAGCCGCGAAUUCCCUCCCUCGGACCGUACAUACCGCGCGACGCAACUGCUCGCCGAGCGUUAUUACAUUUUUAGCGUUACAGCACAGACGCGCCUCGGUUGGGGUAAAACCGCUUCGGCACUCGUCUAUACAACAAACAAUCGCGAACGCCCGCAACCGCCUUCGAUGCCACAGAUCUCACGCAGCCAAGUGCAAGCACAUCAGAUUACCUUCAGUUGGACACCAGGACGCGAUGGCUUCGCGCCACUGCGCUACUACACCGUGCAAAUGCGUGAGAACGAUGGUCCUUGGUCGCUAUUACCAGAGCGUGUAGAUCCUGCACUCACCUCUUACACAGCAACGAAUCUAAAACCUUACACGACAUAUCAAUUCCGGAUACAAGCUACCAAUGAUUUGGGACCCUCUGCUUUCAGUCGAGAAAGUAUUGUCGUGCGUACAUUGCCUGCUGCACCGGCCUCGGGCGUAUCCGGUUUGAAAGUGGUGCCCAUCACGACCACUUCGGUACGUGUACAAUGGUUUGCUUUGGAGACUUCAAUGUGGAAUGGCGAUGCAGCAACUGGUGGCUAUCGCAUUCUCUAUCAACAAUUGGCUGACUUCCCAACUGCACUGCAAGCCACGCCCAAGACUGAUGUAAUGGGUAUUAAUGUCAAUAAUGUGGUACUCUCAGAUCUCCAACAGGAUCGCAAUUAUGAGAUCGUUGUGCUGCCCUUUAACUCACAAGGUCCCGGGCCUGCUUCACCGCCUGUAGCAGUAUACGUUGGCGAAGCGGUACCAACCGGUGAACCACGUGCAGUUGAUGCUGCGCCCAUAUCUAGCACAGAAGUGCGUUUGCGCUGGAAGCCGCCUAAGCAAAGCAUGCAAAAUGGCGAUUUGUUGGGCUACAAAAUCUUCUAUUUGGUCAUCGAUUCCCCACAAAAGCUCGAAGAGGGACGCAAGUGGGAGGAGGAGAUUGAGGUGGUCUCAGCCACAGCCACAUCGCAUAGUUUAGUAUUUUUAGACAAAUUUACUGAGUAUCGCAUACAGCUACUAGCAUUUAAUCCGGCUGGCGAUGGACCGCGCUCGGUACCUAUCACUGUUAAAACCUUGCAAGGACUACCGAGUGCGCCACUCAAUUUGCGAUUUGAAGAGAUUACAAUGCAAAGCUUGAAGGUGUCUUGGAAUCCACCGCGAUUUCCUAAUGGCGAAAUUUUAGGCUACCUGGUCACCUACGAGACCACCGAGGAGAACGAGAAAUUCAGCAAACAAGUCAAACAAAAAGUAUCCGGCACAAGCUUGAAGGUGCAAAAUCUCGAGGAGGAAGUCACCUACACAUUCACAGUGCGCGCACAAACGAUAGAAUAUGGGCCGGCUGUUAGCGAAAAUGUAACGACUGGCCCGCAGGAAGGGUCACCUGUGGCACCACGCGAUUUAAUACUAACAAAGACCUUAAGCGCCGUAGAAAUGCAUUGGAUCAAUGGUCCAUCGGGACGUGGUCCAAUACUUGGUUAUUAUAUUGAAGCGAAAAAACGAGACGACUCCCGCUGGGAGACAAUCGAACAAACGAAUAGCGGCACCAUACAAGAUUUCACAAUCAGCUAUCAAAUCUUAUUGCCAUCCACCGCCUAUACAUUCCGCGUGAUUGCCUACAAUCGUUAUGGCAUCUCUUUCCCCGCCUAUUCCAAAGAUUCCAUUUUGACGCCAUCGAAACUGCAUCUCGAAUAUGGUUAUUUACAACACAAACCAUUCUACCGGCAAACUUGGUUUAUGGUCUCUUUGGCGGCGACUUCCAUUGUCAUCAUCAUUAUGGUCAUUGCGGUGCUAUGUGUGAAGAGCAAAAGUUAUAAAUAUAAGCAGGAGGCACAAAAAACGCUCGAGGAGUCCAUGGCCAUGUCGAUUGAUGAAAGGCAGGAAUUAGCGCUAGAAUUGUAUCGCUCACGGCACGGUGUCGGCACUGGUACACUAAAUAGUGUAGGCACAUUGAAUCGUGGCGCCUUGGGCACACUGGGUAAAAAAUCCUCUAAUCGACCGCCAACAAAUUUACAACUUGGAAAAAGCCCACCGCGUCCUUCGCCGGCCUCUGUGGCAUACCACAGCGAUGAGGAGAGCUUGAAGUGCUACGAUGAGAAUCCCGAUGAUAGUAGCGUUACGGAGAAGCCGUCAGAGGUGAGCUCCUCCGAGGCAUCACAGCACUCCGAGAGUGAGAACGAGAGCGUGCGCUCCGAUCCGCACUCGUUCGUCAAUCACUAUGCCAAUGUGAAUGAUUCGCUGCGACAAUCGUGGAAGAAACAGAAACCGGUGCGCAACUACUCCAGCUACACCGACUCGGAACCGGAAGGCAGUGCAGUGAUGAGUCUCAAUGGUGGUCAAAUUAUUGUGAAUAAUAUGGCCAGGUCGAGGGCUCCACUGCCUGGCUUUUCCUCCUUUGUCUGACAAUCAACGGAGUUUUAAAUUAAAAAUUAAAUAUAAAUUAUUAAAAUAGCGAGUAACAAAUAGCAAAAAGUAAUAGGCAACUAAAGUGUUGAUCAACUCACAAAACAAGCUGAGCGUGUGUAUUUAGUGCACUGUUUUUUAAAACACUUUUGAAUCAAACACACACAAGAAACUAGUUAUUAAAAAGAAAACACAUAAAUAAAACAAAAACAAAAACUUAAAAGACUACUUAAGGUAUUUUAAAUUUUAUGUAUGCGUAAUGAAACUGACUGGUCUGUUGCAAUUUGAAAGUGUUUUGAAACAACAGUUUUAACUGUUAAUUGUAUAGUUUUCAUGUGACCCGACAAUUUUAAUUUGUAAGAAGCAAAGUGUAGCAUUAAUUAGUUCAUAGUUAAUCGUUUUUUUUAAUAUGUAUAGCAUAAUUUGUGUAACUAUGUAGUUUAAGUUUUUUUUUACUUUUUAUUUGUUAAUUUUAUUUUUAAAUUACCAUUUAAUUUAGGCUUCGUGUAAUAGAUGUGCUUCUGUGUGCAAAUGAAACUGUGUAACUAUUUAUAUAAAUAAGUUGAUUUCCGCCGAUAUUUUUGAUACAAUAAUUUAUUUUAUUAAAAGUACCACUAAAUAGUAAAAUCAAUAUGUAGUUAGUAAUGCGCUACAUAAUUGCUUUAGCUCUUCUCAUUUGCUCCCCGCAUAACAUAUUACGACGCUGGGCAUACAAAUCGAAGAAUUUAACUACAUAUAUUUUAGAAAACUCUAAUGAUAAAUUGUGAUAACAGCGUAACUUUGCAUUUUAAGUUAAUAAAAAUACAUAUAAAAAAAUUAAAAUUAAGUGAAGGUUAGACAAGGUUUCUUAUGCUAUAUUAAAAUCAAACUCAAUAGGUCGGAGGGAGUGGCAUGAAUUAAGUAUUUGCAGUUGAAGGUUGUGUAAUUAUUAUUACUAUACCUAUGUAUAAAUAGAAUCGCCCGUAGUCGAUGCAAUGCUCGCUGUAAGUAGUUGGUUUCAUCCAAUUACAGUUGCUUCUAUUGAUAAAAUAUGUAAAUUUCUUUUUUCAAACCUUGGUAAAGAUCCAUGAGAAGAACUAAGAUUUUUAAGUAUCCAUUGAUUCAUUUAUUUUGAGAUUUACCCCUUUGCAUCAUUCAACGGAAUAAUCCGCGAACAGAAACUCUCUCUUAUCACCAAUAACAGAAUAAUCCGCAAUAAAUUGUUUUUUUUUUUUUUUGUUUUUUGAGUUUGAGGAAAAUAGAUAAGGAAAAUAACAUUCCUUUCCAUUAGAACAAACAGUAAAAGUCGGGGCGACUCAAGGUAUUUUGAGUGAAUCGCGCAUUUCGAACGGUGAUGCAAAAAGGUUAAGAGAAAUGCCACGCCACCGUUUCCAUUACUUAUUGGUUUUCACCCGUAGUACGGCAUUCGUUUUAUUGUAGCAGCUAAACAUCCCAUAAAAAUUUGGGAAAUACGACUGAAGUGGCAUAAUUUAUCGAACUGUAUGGAAUUUCGGUACCAUAGCAUAAGCAGUUCCAGGGAAAAACUGUCUAUUUUAUAACAAGAAACACUCCACAUAUUUUUUUUUUUUUUUUUUGUUAAGAAAGAUAUUAAAAACUUUAAACCUCUCAUUCUGACUAUAAAUUUAUAAACGGAGUUGCAGCAUCCUACAAUUUAAUUCACCUUGGAACAGCAGAUAAUUUUCCUAUCAUAUCAUUUAAUUCAAGUCUAAAACAUAAUAAUAGCUUUUAUAUACCUCUUAAAGCUAAUAUGAGCUUCAAUUUCUACAGAUAGUUAAAUAAAUUAUUUAAAAAAAGUGAUUAGAAAUUCAUAAAAUUCAUUCUUUACUCCGAAAAGUGAAGGAAUAGAACUCGAGAUCUCGUUGAACUCUAUUAGUGCGCGGGCAAUAGGAGCAAACGCGCAUAAUUCGUGUUAAGCAAUUUAAGAUGAAAUGCAUGAGAGUUGCGUAAAGCUCUAGUAACAGAGAUGCUCCGUAACAGAGAUGAACAAUCAAUUUCUGCUUGAGUUACACUAAAAGCAAAAUACAGUGAUAAUAUAGACCUUCUACUCUCUAGAGACUUUAAAUUAUUUUAAAUCAAACGGGAGUUAUAGUGGUGGGUGAGGUUUGAGAAUUUUAACGAUCUGAGAGCAUAUUUAUUUUAAAAACAUGUUUUUCUUGUCGAAAAAAUGCACCGAUUGUUGGCAUUGCUGACGAGGAGAAAACAGCAAUAUUUUUCUUGUUUUUUUUUUAAGAAAGUUGUACUUACAGUUAAAACUUAAUUACAACCAAUAUCUAAGCUAUGGCUGUGGUGGCCUUAAGAUUUGGUCUCUAUAAUUUUGAAUAUGUGCGCAAAUUAGAAACCGAACCAAAAAGCUUCUACACGCCAUAAAUUUAUAGUAACUUCAGCUCAAACCUAACAGCAUCGCUAAAUAUUGAAGUAUUGAUAUUUCACCCUCAGUGUUUUACGUCAUUGAUUUUUUUCAUAUAUAAUAUGUAUGUAUAACAAAUAGCUCUAAAGGCAUUUUAAAAGGCAAAAGGCAAAAAUUUUAAAUUUCAAAAUUGCAUGCCAUACAAGAACGUAAAUAAAAAUGUUAAAAUAAUUCUAAAAAAUUAGAAAAGGUAUUUUCCAUGUGUCGAUAAAACGCUAGGGUUGAAAAAACGGCUUACAAAUAAAAUAAAAAUUUGAUCAAUAUUAAAUUUAUAUUAUAUAAUCAUAUUGGUAUGUGAUCAAGUUUUCGUCCUUUCCUAGCCAAAGUUACGAAUUAUUUAAAUAAUUAUUGUAAAUAAUACUUGAUAUUAUGUGAUGCACAUAUGUGCCAUUGAACGUUAUAACUUUACUCCAUGCUUCAGGCAGCAUACGGAUUUCUUUGACGAAAAAUUCGAAUUCUUUUAACUUGAUCCAUUCAUUGAGCCAGUUUGCGCUGCUCUCGUAAGGAGUGAACCGCGCUCCAAUAAGGGCUGACUGCAUUGAUCGGAACAGAUGGUAAUCCGAAGGUGCAAUGACUGGGAAAUAGGGCGGGUGAGCCAAGAUUUCCUGACGGUUGAUCUGUCAACAUCCAACUCUUUAGACAUAUCAUCAAGGGUUCGACAUGCGUCUUCAUCCAAUAAUCGUUGUAGUUGAGUAUCUUCGAAUUUGGUACCCCUUCGUGAUCUUUAUCACUCACGUCGAAAUUGCCACUUUGGAAGCAUCGAAACCACUCUUUACUAGUUGUAUUUGAUGCAGCGUGAUUACCGUAAAUAUUGGACACGUAAAUAUACGACACGUUUCAGCUGCAUUUUUCUUUAAAAGGUAAUAAUGAAGCAUGAUGCGGGAAUGCUGUUUGUUCGGGACGAACGUAGACAGUUUUGACGUCAGAUAAAAAAAGGUCUUUACGCUUCAAACGCAUGUCAACUACUGUGAUCGAGACCUUACAUAUACACCUUCAAAUCACCAGUAUAUUACUAGAGCGAACAGAAAAAUAGUAUCAGCAGCGACACCUCUUUUACGAGGGCGGAAACUAAUUUUCAUACCCAAUAUAAUAUUAAU